AUGAAGCUUCAAAUGCUCCAAAUAAGCUUUGGAAAUCUUGGGGCAGAUGCUAGAAAGCAAGAUGAGAUUGUGAAGGAGGUUGUAAAGUGUUUGAAUGAAUUGUAUAAUGAGUAUAAAGGGGUUGGAGGGGGUGUGAGCCAAAUUUAUGAGGAUGAGAUUGAUGAUGAGGUUGCACAAAUUGGUGAUGAUGUUGAUGUCACAUUUCAACUAAUGCAACAACUUGUGCAAAAGAGGGAGGAUGAGCAAUCCGUUGAGAUAUCCAAUGAAGUAGAUAAGUACUUGACGGAUCCUUUUGAGAGCCCCUUGAGCAAACAAUUCAAUCUGUUGAAUUGGUGGAUAGGAAACCAAACAAGAUAUCCUAUUAUUUCACAAGUUGCCAAGGAUAUCUUUGCAAUUCCAAGUUCUACGGUUGCUAGUGAAAAUGCUUUUAGCCUAGGCAAGAGGAUUGUGGAUCCUUUUAGAAGCUCUUUGCAUCCUAAAAUGAUAGAGGCAUUAGUGUGUACUGGUGAUUGGCUUAGAGCGGACGAAUUUUCCUUUUACAAGGAACCAACGGAUGAUGAGGUUGAAUUCAAUAAGGAAAUGGAACAUAUGACAACUUAUAGCAUUGGUGCUCAAACAACACAACAGGGUUCUUCAAAUCCACUCAACACCAACACUUGA